CGGUACCGGGGGUGGAAGACGAUGCCGUUCGUGAUCGGCAACGAGACGUUCGAGAAGCUGGGCAGCAUUGGCACGGCGGCGAACCUGAUGGUGUACCUCACCUCCGUCUUCCACAUGACCAACGUCCGCGCCGCCAUCGUGCUCAACGCGUUCAGCGGCACCACCAACCUCGCCACCGUCUUCGGCGCUUUUGCCUCCGACCUCUACCUCGGCCGCUACGCCACCGUGUGCAUCGGCUGCGUCGCCACGCUCAUCGGCAUGAUCAUCCUGACGCUGACUGCCGGCGUGCCGUCGCUGCACCCGCCGCCGUGCGCCAGCGAGGGCGGGCAGUGCGCGGGCGCGACGAGGGGGCAGUUCGCGGUGCUGGUGCUGUCGUUCCUGUUCAUCGUGGUGGGCGCGGGCGGAAUCCGGCCGUGCAGCCUGCCGUUCGGCGCCGACCAGUUCAACCCGCACACCGAGUCUGGCCGCCGCGGCAUCAACAGCUUCUUCAACUGGUAUUACUUCACCCUGACCAUCGCCGUCUGCGGGUCGUCGACGGGGAUCAUCUACGUGCAGAGCAACGUGAGCUGGUGGAUCGGCUUCGCCAUCCCCGCCGCGCUCAUGUUCGUCUCCUGCGCGCUCUUCUUCGCCGGCGCGGGGCUCUACGUCCGCGUCCGCCCCGAGGGGGUCCCCUUGGCCGGCGUCCUCCGCGUCACCGUCGCGGCGUUCCGCAAGCGGCGCGCCCCGGCGCCCGCGGACCCCGCCGCGUCCCUCUUCCGGACGCGCCACGCGAGCGCUCUCGUGUCGAGGCUCCCCUACACUGACCAGUUCCGGUUCCUCGACAAGGCCGCCGUGGUGGAGUUCAAGGGCGAGGUCGACGACUCCAGCGGCGGCGCCAAGGACCCAUGGCGGCUGUGCAGCCUGCAGCAGGUGGAGGAGGCAAAGUGCAUCCUCCGCAUCCUGCCCGUGUGGGGCACCUGCAUCGUCUACUACGUCGCGUUCGCGCAGACCAACACCUACGUCAUCCUGCAGGCGGCGCAGUCCGACCGGCGCGUCGGCGGCGCCCGGGGCUUCGAGGUGCCGCCGGCGUCGUUCACCAUCUUCCCCAUGCUGGCGCUCACCGUGUGGAUCCCCUUCUACGACCGCCUCAUGCUGCCGUGGCUGCGCAGGCUCACCGGCCGCGAGGAGGGCAUCACGCUGCUCCAGCGGAUGGGCGUGGGCAUGGUGCUCUCCGUCGUGGCCAUGCUCAUCUCCGGCAUGGCGGAGCAGCGCCGGCGCGAGCUCGCGGAGCUGCACGCCGCCGAGAGCGGCGGGUCCAUGUCGGAGAGCCGCGUGUCCCCGAUGUCGGCGUUCUGGCUGGUGCCGCAGCUGGCGGCGCUGGGCCUGUCGGAGGCGUUCAACCAGGUGAGCCAGAUGGAGUUCUACUACAAGCAGUUCCCGGAGAACAUGCGCAGCGUCGCCGGGUCGCUGCUCUUUAGCGGCCUGGCGCUGUCCAGCUACCUCAGCGGGCUGCUGGUCACCAUCGUGCACCGCACGACGGCCGGCUCCGCCGACGGCGACGACGGGUGGCUCGCCGAGGACCUCAACAGGGGGAAGCUCGACUGCUACUACUUCGUCAUCGGCUUCGUCGGCGCGGUCAACUUCUUCGUGUUCCUCGCGUGCGCGAAAUGGUACAGGUACAAGGGCAUGGAGGAGGAGGAUGAACAGGAUGCGCAUGGGAUUGAUCAAUGGCAGCCAAGAUCAGUGGUAGGAGGAGAUCAACCUGCUAAUUAG